AUGGAGCACCAGCCGCCGGCCGAAGACGUCGUGGUCCAGAUGAGCGCCGCCGCCGUCGCGGCCAUCGACGAGAGGAGCUCCACGAACGAAGACGAUGACGCCGGCGACGGGGACGUCUGCCGCGCGCGCCGCACCUUCAGCCACUCCUACAAGAUGGAGCACCGCAAGCCCCUGGACUUCACGUGGCUGCAGGUAGGGGUGCUGAGCUACCAGUCGCUGGGCAUCGUGUACGGCGACCUCGGCACGUCGCCGCUUUACGUGUACUCGUCCGUCAAGCUGCCGAACCCGGGGGAGCACGACUUCCUCGGCCUCCUCAGCCUCAUCCUCUGGACGCUCACCCUGAUCGGCCUCAUCAAGUACACGUUCAUCGUCCUCCGGGCCGACGAUCACGGAGAAGGUGGCACCUUUGCCCUGUACUCGCUUUUGCGGCAGCAUGUGAAUUUCAAGGGAAGCAUGCCAAUGCCAGUCACACGAUUGGUAUCUGACAUUAAUCUGAAGUUCCACAGUAAGAAGAGUAAACUACCAUCUAAGAUGCGGGACUUCUUGGAAAAAAGCACACUAGCACAGGCAGUCAUCACCUAUAUGGUCCUGUGUGCGACUUCCAUGGUGAUGGGUGAUGGUGCUCUCACUCCAGCCAUCUCAGUUCUGUCAGCUGUUCAAGGUAUCCAAACAAGAUCUGAUCGCAUAACACAAGAGCAUGUUGUCAUUCUAAGCGUGAUCAUCUUGAUCAUUCUGUUUGUUUGCGAGAGAUUUGGGACGAGCAAAGUCAGCUUCGCCUUCUCUCCUAUUAUGCUCUUAUGGUUUGUAUUUGUUGCAUUCAUUGGACUGUACAAUAUCAUCAAGUAUUAUCCAUCCGUUCUGAAAGCCUGGAAUCCAAUAUACAUAAUAACCUUCUUCUCGAGAAACAAAAAGGCAGCCUGGGAGGAACUUGGAGCAGUGGUUCUAUGCAUAACAGGUGCUGAAGCUAUGUUUGCUGAUUUGGGUCAUUUCAAUAAAUCAUCGAUUCAGCUGGCAUAUUCGGCAAUAGUUUAUCCAUCAAUGAUCCUUGCAUAUGCUGGCCAGGCAGCAUUUUUGAUCAAGAACCCUUCUAUGCUCAGCACAACGUUUUACAGUAGCACCCCAGAACCUUUAUUCUGGCCCAUGUUUAUCAUAGCUACUUUAGCUGCUAUUGUUGCCAGCCAGUCAUUAAUAUCAGCCAGUUUCUCCAUCAUUCGGCAAUCAAUUGCACUAGGCUGUUUUCCGAGGGUUACCAUGAAGCAUACCUCAGAAAAAUAUGAAGGUCAAGUAUACUCUCCAGAGGUCAACUACUUCUUGAUGAUCGUGUGCAUCUUGAUUACUGUUGGCUUUGAAGGGGGGCCACAGAUUGGGCAAGCCUUUGGAACUGUGGUGAUAUUUGUUAUGCUUUUUACAACAGCCCUGAUGUCAGUUAACAUGGUUAUAGUCUGGCAGUGGCAUAUUCUACUAGUUGCUCUGUGUUGUGGUGUCUUCUUUUCCAUCGAAGUCAUUUACAUGACCUCACUUCUAUACAAGGUCUUACAAGGUGGCUGGGUUCCAUUUGUAAUUACAGCAUUUUUCCUUUCAAUAACAACUUCAUGGACUUAUGGGAGACGCAAAAAGAAUGAAUAUGAAGCAGCCAACUUGGUGGAUAGGCAGGAAUUCCUUAAAAUAGUAACGAUGAGCAGCAAGGUACCUGGGAUAUGCAUCUUUUGCACUGACUUAAUGAAUGGCAUUCCACCAAUUGUGCGCCACUAUGUCCGGCAUACGGGUUCCAUCCGUGAAGUGACGGUGUUUGUCACCGUGAGGAUUCUUCCAGUGACAUUCAUCCUUCCUGAAGAGCGCUUCCUCGUAGACAAACUGGAUCAUGUCGGUGUUUACAGGUGCAUACUCCAAUAUGGCUACAUGGACAAACACAACAUCGAUGAUGACGAUUUUGUUGUAUUAGUUGUUGCCUCUCUCAAGGAAAUUGCUGACAAUAAUGAUGAGACCUUACUGCUGGAUUCAGCUUUCACAAAUGGAACAACCUUUGUGUUUGGAAGGACUAUUCUAAAGAUGGGCACCGGACGAAACCGUUUCAAGCGCUUCGUUAUUAAUAACCUUUACAGGUUCCUGCAAAAGAACUUCAGGUCCAACAUGUCCAGUCUAAAGAUAGCUCCUGGCAAAACCUUACAGGUUGGAAUGCAUUAUGAGAUUUGA